AUGAGGAAUGAUAAAGCAAAUCCUUUUGUCAAAGCUCGUAUGGGACGCAAAGUUGAUAUGAAAGGCAUCCUGAUAAAGACACCCAAUAAAUUUGAAGCCUUGUACGGAGAGGUUGCAAAUGGGUUAUGUCCACUCGGAAUAUCACUUGCAUCACAAAAAAAGAAAUAUUUAGACAAAGUCAAACUUGCUGUAUUAAUGCGAGACUCAUUAAAUAGUACUUUAAAAAAAUGGAAACAUUUAAACGAUGGGCAGAGAAAAAAGCUUAUUGUAUAUGGUUGGACGCUUGCAGGAUUUGACUUAUUUCUAUAUGCAAUGGACUGGGCCGGAAAUGGUAUGUAUCGCUUUGGAUUGAUAGAUAGUUGUCAACUUCCAUCAAAUAAAGAAAAUUGUGCCUUAUUUGAAGGUGCCUUUUGUCUCUUGAAAGAAUUGGAGAGGAAAUUAACUGAAACGGAAAAGCUCAUCCAGGAAUUACAUGUCACAAACAUGCAUGGAAAAUGUAGACAAGUAACUACUGAGAAUAGUCCAAUCCUAAACCUUAAUAGAACUCCUAAGUAA